AUGUCGAAAGACGAAAAUUUCAAAAAUAAAGAAAAACAAGCAACGGACGACAGGGAACGUUUAGCUAAUUCGUCAAGAGAUAAUGAUGAAGAGAAUAUUAACCAGAAUGUUGCAGAAAAAAUGAUUGAUGAAGAAUUUAAGAAUAAAGAAUUACCAGAAGAUGAUAAAUCUGAUACAGAUACAUUUGAAGAAGGAAACAAAUUAGAAAAAUUAGUUGAAAAAAACAAUGAUAUAAAUGGAUCAUCUGUUAGAAUUUUUCAAUCCCUUGAUUUAAAACCAAAACAUCUUGGUCUUACUCGAACAUUAUUAUUAGCUAUGUUUGCUGCUUUGAUUGGUACAGGCGCUCAAUUUGGCUAUGCGCUUGGCGUUAUGAAUGCUCCAUCAGAGUUAAUUAAAAUUUAUAUAAACGAAAUUUAUAUAAAACGUUAUAAUUCAACAAUAAGUCCAUAUCAUCAAGAUAUUCUUUAUUCAACAGCUAUAUCUGUUGUUGCACUUGGAGGAAUGUUUGGUGGUCUUUCAGCUAUAUCAUUGAGUAAUCGAUUUGGUCGAAAAACUAGUUUACUUUUAAAUAACUUUCCAGUCAUUAUUGGUUCUAUUUUGAUGGUAUUGAGCAAAAAUAUAGCUUCAUUUGAGGUAUUUAUAGUGGGAAGAAUACUAAUUGGAUUUUCCGCAGGUUUUGGAGCAACUGUUGGACCUAUCUAUGUAAAUGAAAUUGCUCCAUUACGUGUACGUGGUUCACUUGGUGCUUGUUUUCAAUUGUUUAUAGCAUUUGCUGUACUACUAGCUCAAAUACUAGGAUUAGAUAUUAUCUUAGGUCGCCAACAUUUAUGGAACUAUCUUUUUGCUAUACCAAUUAUCUUCAGUGUACUACAAUGUACUCUAUUGAUAUUUACACAUGAAACACCAACAUUUCUUUUACAGAAGAAACGCCGCCGAGCAGCUACACGAGCACUUAAAUGGUUUCGUCGAGAAAAAAGUGAUGACGAUAUUCAGGAAGAAAUUCAUGCAAUGGAAGCAGACGUUCGAAAUGUGCAAACGAAUGCAACAAAAGUAUCAAUACGUGAUCUAUGGUCGAAGCCUCUGCUGCGUAAAUGUAUUCUGAUAUUGACCAUGACUCAUAUUGCGCAACAUUUUACUGGCAGCUGUGUCAUCUUUUUCUUUGGAGAUAUUAUUCUCACGCGUGCAAAUCUAAAAAUGGAAUAUGCAUCAUAUGCAAUGCUUUCAAAUGGAAUUGCAUAUUUGGCUGCAGCUAUAUCAUUAAUUUUUAUUGUCGAUAAAAUUGGACGUCGAUCGCUUUUACUUUAUGGUUUAAUUGGUACGGCCGCAACAUCUUGUGUUAUUGGUGUUACAAUUUUUAAAUCAAGAAAUAUUCCAUUGUAUCAUAUGAUCUUUUUGGAAAUAUUUGCUAUGAUGGCACACGUUUCUUUUAGUGCUAUGGGUCCGAACGCUAUACCAUGGUUGUUAUCAACAGACAUGUUUUUACAAUCGGAACGUGCUUAUGCAUCAGUCAUUGCUAUUGUAGUUAAUUGGUUAUCUAUGUUUUUCGUGCUCAUGACAUUUGUUCCACUUUUUCAUGCUGUGGGUGCAUCUUUAUUUCUCGUUUAUGGUAUAAUGAGUUGUGGAUUUUGGUUAGUUGCUUUUAUAUUUGUACCUGAAACUAGAAGAAAAACACCAGAACGGGUGCAAGUUCUCGUGGCCAAAGGGACGGUUUACAAAGCAAAAUAUCAAAAAUAA